UUCUACGGAUAAUAGUAAACUCGCGACAGUCGGAGUCGUUUACUUGUCAAACAAAUACAUAUCUAUAAUAAUGUAUUAAUAAGAAAUCAGAUUUUGCAAAGAGUUAACAAAGUUAGUUAAAGCGUCAACAGUAUUAACGAAGCUAAUUAUCUAGGCGUUCAUUUAAUUAUUUCGCUAUUUUCGCUGUAGUUAAAAUAUACAGCUAAGUGGCGCGUAUGCAUUUGGAAUAAAGUUGCCAAAAAGAUUGGACGGCGCAACCAUUGGAAGAUUGUGGAAUUCAAUCAUCUGGACUUGAAUCCGUUAUCUUAAUGUGAAAUUGCAAACACUUUUCUUCGUGAAACCUGAAAUAAUCACAAACAUUGGGGAUUAUUUUAAAAACUACAGAACGGCAUGUGUUUCUUAAACUAUUAACGUAUAUAUUAAUUUAGAAGUUUUUACUCUUAAAGCAAAUAAGUAUCGUCUGAUUUAAAGCUCGGUAGCAAAUAAAAUAAUGAAAGUAGCAUGAAUAGAACUUGGUGCUUCGCAAGCUGGACUAGACUAGUGUUUAACUUAUACAGUAUGGAUAAUUUUUAACAUUCGUCAAAGACACUACUGUAAACGUGAAACCAUUUUAUGAAGAUUUAUUGGCAAUUAGCUGAAGAAGACCAAGAGAAAGAUUAAAAAACCAUCCAGUUAGCUAUGGCUUGCACAACGGUCCUUCUUUUAGCCAUCGCAUCAGCCCUGACCGGCAAGAGCUUCUCAGAAAAGAUUCCUCUGCCGCCAUUUUCUGAACUGAAAAACAACUACCCUGGAUUUGCACACUUCGGCGGAAUUUUCCGGAAUCACAAACUGAUCCACUUUCUGGGACUGGAAAAUUACAGCAGCAUUCUUCUGAAUGACACAUCGGCCUUGCGUCUGUCAUACACGCUCAACGAAGUCGGAAACGAACAUUCUCUCGGAAAUGACGUCAUAAGACUUUCUAAAUAUGGCACCGACAGCGUUAAGGGAAAAGAUGGCCGCCAGUACAUUUUUCAUCCAUUAGCAUUCGGACCAUACCUGGCGGACAAAUAUGGAUAUCCCUCUGUGACAACUAUGCACCAGUUCGACGCAGGAAAGACCAAAGACAUGUUUAAAGAUAAACAAGGUAUUAUGCGGGUCAUCACUUACACGCAUGAGAAUGAGGCUAAAGGUCACGUGGUAUUAUGGGAUUGCAAUGGCUUCCAUCAGGCGCAUGAUAUCUUAGACGGCCACUCACUGCUGUCUGUCGAAUUCUGGGAAUCACCGGAUUCAAUUUGCACAAAUCACAUACCGAUUGAGAUACCAGUUUCUACCACCCGUGCAGACUCGUACAUAAUGAAUGUGUUGAAGCAAACCAUGGGUGGAAAUCGGCGACACCCCUCGCGGCAUAGAGAUCACUGAACCACUGUUUAUUUAUAGAAGAGACAAUUCGACGUGCUAAUAAAUGCAUAUUUUAAAUACCAGUACUUGGUUAUUGAGCAGCAUAAUGUACAAAGCCGUUUAAUAUGUGCUUUUGCAAAAAGGACAUGUCAAGGCAAAGACAAUACUUUAAAAAAUCGAGUUGGAACAUUUGAUUAUUGCUAUUUUUUUUAAUGAGUUGAAGAAGCUGGAUUAUUGUUGAUUUGCAAAACCAAAGUGCCUUGUGACAAACUGGUUAGUGUGAUGGGUUGAUUAGUGGAAACGUCAACAUGAAGUAAUUGGUACAUUCAGAGAGAACUUGAAACCAUUGUUAACUGCAGAACUUGCAUGUAAACACGCAUAAUUGCCAAUAUCGAACAGAUCUGUGAACGCCGAUUUGCUGGAAACGUAUUGGCGCAAUAUAGAACCUUCGCCCUGUGAUUGGCUUAGCUGAUGGCGUUCAUUUAAUGUCAACAACCUUUCGUGAUAGUGAUUGGCUUUUAGACAUAUAUUUAUGCACGCUCUACUUGUUCGCAAAGUUAACAUACACAUGAUGAAAAAUCUCAACGUGCAUUGGUGUCAAUGCUUGUGAUUAAGAAAUACACAACGUUGAAAAUAACUUUAAAGCACAUAACUUUUACGUCCUACAAUUUUCCAGGUACCUAAAUUUGUAUAGGUCCCUAAAUUUUCUAAGCAAGUCCCUAUCUCCACAUAUUUUAACAAAAGGGCCUGCAUAUCAGUAGGAAACGUUGAUGCAAUGUUCAAAUGUAGUAAUAUCUGUAAAUGUUGCUUCCCGGUGAUUCGGUUUAACUUACACUGUGUGGUAUUGACGUAAUAGGACGUGAUGUCCUGCCAGCGUAUGGUUUUUACGCACUUGAGCGUGAUCAGGAACGUUAUUAUUCCGACAAAAGUCAUGUAAGGCAAAACCGGAUAAAUGAAGAUAAGCGCUACGACUUAACAAGUUUUGCGGGGAUCUGUGCAAUAUAAGCAUGUAAAUGCAUGUUUUAAUUUGGUUUCUUGUGAAUUAAGUUCACUGUUUUCAUAUUAUAUGUUAUUUCUUAUUUGUAAGCACAAUCGGCUUUUAACAUUUGAUGGUAUUGUGCACAUGAAACAUCAAACAAAAUGCUGAUUUUUAAAUAUUGGAUUUUAAUUACUCGAUUUACACAUUUAAACCAUCAGGUGCAUUUUUAAGUAUUUAAAGUAAAUUUAAAUGGACUUGUUCAUAGAUUUUGGCAUGUUUAGAAGCUCGUCAUUAAAUGACUUAAAGUGAUAUAUGUAAACAUCGAAACAAAAGAGCUCCAGUAAGAAUAUAAUAAAAGAAAGCCAAAAAGAAAAAGAAAAAAGGUUCACCUUACCCGGGCUCGAUCCACAUUUAUAAUAUUGUAUUAUAACACCAAUGUUCAUCGAUAAUUGCUUGACCAAUGUGCUACUUAACGAGAAUGUAUGAGCACCUGUAUACUGCUUAUUUAUUUUGCGUGUUAUUAUUAUAAAUCAAUACUGUGUCUUAUAUGUGUUUUAUGUGUGCUACUUCACGCCUUUUUAUGACAACCAUGUGUUUUGUAUGGUACAUCAUCCAUGUUUAAAAUAAAGGAACUAUGUAUUUGCGAAUUGAUCUACAAUGCACAAUGAAUAAAUGUAUAUCAAAAUA